ACUCGGCUAUUUUCAUAAACGCAAAUGUAUACCGAUACCACUUGUUCGCGGGAACUCAGCUGCAGCUAUGUCAGACUUCUGUAUACAGGUUGUGGAUGCCUGUGAGACAUUCGAUAGUAGUGUCAUUCAGCAAGUGAAGGAGGAUGAAGAAGCAAGGCUGUUUGCAAAUGUUGUUCAUUUCAAAGCUGGAAGGUUCUUCUUAAAAACUAAGUUCCAUGGAGAAUUUGUCAAUAUCAUUAGGAAAAUAAGGCAGAGUGAGAUAUUCUGGAAUUACGUAUCGGGAAUCCAGGGCCUAGGAAAGACGUCAUCUGUGUUAUACUACGUUUUGGAAUGCAGGAGUAAGAAAGAUGAUAAAAUUCAUUACAUUGACCUUAAUGAAAUUGAAAGAUGGGAUGAAAACUUAGAAAAAUUUGGUGCUUUCUCGGGGAAAUUAAAAAAAGGCGGCAGUCUUGUUAUAGAUCAUGUAACAUUAUUCAAUGACCAUUAUCUUAAAAAAAUCAAAAGAAUAGUGGAAAGCAAAGUAGACAGAUUUAUCCUGAUUGAAACUGGAUUUACAGCGAGUGCACACACGGCUUGUCUGGAUUGUGGAAAAGAAUUUCAGCUAGAUAAGGAGAAUUUCAUGAAAAUAUGGAAUGGUACGUUACAGUCAAAAGGAUGUCAGGACAAAGAACUUUCAGCAAAAGGAGAACAGGUGUACAAGAUGUUUUCGGUGCGUUUUAUAAUGACACCUAGAUUGCUUCACCAUGUAUUGGAGAUCAUGUAUGCCUUUCACGGUAUUGGGAAAACAGUAGUAGGAGCAUUGGGAAAAUAUACCAGAGAGAGACAGAAUGCAAUAUUAAGCGAUUAUAAGGGAUGUGGAGACACUGAACUGCUCGCUAAAUUUCGGCUGCACACGUCUACUCUUCUGCACUACAUUCCAGAUGAAGGUGAAUACAUUUUCACAGAGAAACAAGCUAAAGAAAUGAUGAUAACCAUCAACAUAUUUGACAUGGAAUAUUGCAUAGUCACAAAAGAUUGCUUGCUGAAAAACGUCGAGCUGUUAGAACUUGAUCUGAAUGAAGGCGAUGUUUAUGUGAAGGUAUGUCACCUUGUACCAUUUCUAACAAAUGACUGGCGAAAUAGAUUUCCAUUUAAACUCGAGGAGGUUCUUGAAAAGGCAGAUGAGGAUAAAAUAUUUGCUGUUAUGUUUCAAAAUGGAGGAGCUAGAAAGGAGUUUGUUGAGAGGUUUGUAGAAAGUCAAGAAAAACAAGGGUAUGUUAUUUUACCCCCUACCAACGUUCUGGGAACAUCUUAUACGCCUGCAGAGACAAAAAUGGAUGUGCCUCAAACCAGAUGUAUAAUUCAGAAGUCUUUGACUAUUCCACCUCAAAACUUUUUUAAACCUAGAUUAUCUAUGGAUUCAUUUUUGAAAGAUAUGCCUGAAAAUUUGAAAGGUCAUAAAAAAAAUGUUGGUAUGGUUGCUCUUUAUAUGAAACAGCUAGUAGCAUCUACAGAAACAUUUCUUGUUUAUCCCCAGAUUGAAAAUUGUAUGGGAUUUGAUUACUUUGUGUAUUGUAUGAAUGAGAAUGAGGCAUGUUCGCCUUCCAAGAUUCCAAAAUCAAAAGAAAAUUCAACUUUAUACCUAUUUCAAGUAGCAACUGGUGCUACUCGCAGAGGAGAUACCAUUGGUCAGGCCCUAAAUGUUGUCAAAGGAGUUUUCUCGGAUGAAAAUGUAACUGUUCAUGCUGUUGUUGUUGUUGCACAAUGUGAUCAAGAACCGUACACAUUAACAAAGUGCCGUUUUGAUAACAUCUCUGUCCUGAACAUGUAUGAGAAGACUGCAGGUAUAAUUCAAAAGACACUGCAAUCAGACAGACUCUUGUAUAAUAUGUAUUUACAGCUAGUUCAUCAGAAAACUACAGAAUGAUAAACCAAACGUAUGUUCGUUAACAAAUUCCAGUGUUUUACCUUGGAUCUGUGUUACAAGAACUCCUGGGGAUGUUUAAGGUUGCAGAAAAAGUCCCAGUAUAUUUGUAUAAAUGAUUUUUUUUUAAAAAUAGUAUGAAAAUUUCUACCUUCAAGAUAUUUCUUUUUGCAUGUGCCUCUGGCACCAUGCUUGUACUCAACUAUUUGUCGAUAUAAUCAGUGUCCCAAAAAGUAACAACUGAAAAUGUUCAGAAUAUAUAAUUAUAUGUUUGAUCAGCAA